AACACCAGCGGGUCCUGCGCGCGGGGCUUCCGGACCCUCACCGGCUGGAGCUGGGACCGUCCUGCCGUGGCCGCCGGCGCGGGGCGGACGGGAGACCCUCGGAGGGGCCGCCCCGAGAGGACCCCCCACGGCCCGAGAGGUAAAAAGAAGUGACUGAAAAGCAUAUCUGGACGCCAUCUAACAUGUCGAGGAGAAGAUUUGAUUGCCGAAGCAUUUCAGGCUUGCUAACUACAGCUCCUCAAACUCCAAUGAAAAUGGAAAACUUUAAUAAUUUUUACACACUGACAUCUAAAGAGCUAGGAAGAGGGAAAUUUGCUGUGGUUAGACAGUGCAUAUCAAAAUCAACUGGCCAAGAAUAUGCCGCAAAAUUCCUAAAAAAGCGCAGAAGAGGACAGGAUUGCCGCGCGGAGAUCCUGCACGAGAUUGCUGUGCUUGAGUUGGCAAGGUCCUGUCCCCAUGUGAUCAAUCUCCAUGAAGUCUAUGAAAACACAAGUGAAAUCAUUUUGGUAUUGGAAUAUGCUGCAGGUGGAGAAAUUUUCAACUUGUGUUUACCUGAGCUGGCGGAAAUGGUCUCUGAAAGUGACAUUAUCAGACUCAUCAAACAAAUACUUGAAGGAGUUUAUUAUCUGCAUCAGAAUAACAUUGUGCACCUUGAUUUAAAGCCACAGAAUAUAUUAUUGAGCAGCAUAUACCCUCUUGGGGACAUAAAAAUUGUAGAUUUUGGAAUGUCUCGAAAACUAGGAAAUGCAUGUGAACUUCGGGAAAUCAUGGGGACACCUGAAUACUUAGCUCCAGAAAUCCUGAAUUAUGAUCCUAUUACCACAGCUACAGAUAUGUGGAAUAUUGGUAUCAUAGCCUAUAUGUUAGUAACUCAUACAUCCCCAUUUGUGGGAGAAGAUAAUCAAGAAACAUACCUCAAUAUAUCUCAAGUUAAUGUAGAUUAUUCAGAGGAAACUUUCUCAUCAGUUUCACAACUGGCCACAGACUUUAUCCAGAGUCUUUUAGUAAAAAAUCCAGAGUAAAGACCAACAGCAGAGAUCUGCCUCACUCAUUCUUGGCUACAGCAGUGGGAUUUUGGAAACCUGUUUCUCCCCGAGGAAAUGUCCAGUCCCCCUCAAGGUCAGGAUCACACGACAAGGUCCUCUGAAGACAAGACUCUGAAAUCCUCCUGUAAUGGCACCUGUGAGGAUCGAGAAGACAAAGAGAACAUCCCAGAGGAUAGCAGUGUGGUUUCCAAAAGAUUCCGCUUUGAUGACUCGUUGCCCAGCCCCCAUGAACUUGUUUCAGAUGUGCUCUGUUAGCACUCUUCUCUCUGACUCCUGUGGACUGAACUUGGGCAUUUGAAAUCCACUCCAGUGUGUGACUGGUCUGUAGCUUUAUAUAUGGCUUGUUUAUAUUGUACAUGCACUUUUGCAUAGAAGGAUUUAGGAAAUUGUUUAAAAUGUCAUUAGUUACUAGCAUAAUUUCAUUUCCUAUCCUGAGAUACCACUAUGCAGAGAAGAAAAGACAAAUAUAUAACCAAAAAUAAAAGUGUGCAUUGGAAUAAUUUAAGUUCAUAUGGAUUUAUCAAAAUGUUUUAUAUAUCAGGGGAAAAAAGUGAUUUGAGUUAUAUUAUGGUUGAUGUAAACUGAAAAUAAUGAAGAGAUAUUUUAUAUUUGAAGAUGUUUUGAUGGCUAUUUUGAAAUUACAUAAGCUUCUCAUUGUAUGUAGUGUGCUCUAUGAGAGAGGUCCUUCCCCCAGAGCACAGGGGGAUUACACCCCAGAGCGGGGAUGUUAUGUACAAGUUAGAGCAGAGGAAAGGGUAGCAUGGCAUUUUAACUCUGUCUUCUUCAGAUGUGAUUGGAUCUGACAAAUGGAAAAUACGGUUUACAAGGGUAGAGGAUUCCAUCUUCCAGAAUUUCUAGAGUAGAAGAUACUUCGGGAAAACUGAGUGCGCUCCAAUUUUAGUCGGCUAACCACCUUUAUUAAUUGAGUUAGGAGAAAAUGCUGGCAGACUUAGGUGCCUUAGAGAAUUCUAGAUGUCUUCUAAGUCUUGAGAUACGAGACAGGCAUUCAGAGUUCUAAAAGUGAGCAUUCAAAAAGUCACAGCACCAGUAGGACUACGAACACAGUGCCAGAGUCACAAGGUAGAUGUGGUCAUAAAACACAUGCCAUUAGGCGCUCCUGAAGUUCCCGCGUCAAUUCCUCGUGGUGGCGCGGCUCCUGGAAGGCCCCUGCAGAGGGGCCCUCGCGGUCUUCUGGUGGGACCAGUGCCAGCGAGUCCCUGGGACAGCAGGACCUGUGCUCAGGGCUGGGACUAUGUGCGGUCCCAGCGGGGCACGUUCACUCCUGGGGCGAUCUUCGAUGACUUUGCACCUGGUGACUAGUCAAAAGUCUAUUAUACUGUCAUGUUAAGGUCAUUGUAGUCUUUAUAUCCCCAGCAUUUCCUGAAGGAAAGUUGUUUCUAUUUGUGUGUGUAUAUUUGUACAGGUAUAUGUAUAUAUGUAUAUAGAGAGAAAAUAUAGUCUUUAGACAACUUUGUCUAGGCAUUCUUCACUCUGAUAUGCUCAACUCAGGUGCCAAAGGAGCUCUUGUCUUAUGACAUAUGAAUAUACAUAUAAAUUCUUUAAGGAGCAGUUUGUUGGGUCAAUAAACUAGUCAUUGUGGAAGCUAAACUGGGUUCUUGUAUAUGUAAAACUGAUGAGUUUUUUUCUGAAUUGUUGAUUGUCCAUUUAUUUGCCUUCAGUAUUAAGGUAAUACAGGUAAAGCUUAGUAAGCCAUUGGAAAAAGAGAAAGUGAUUACUUUUACAAAAAAGACCAUAUUAUAUAUUUAAUUUCUAGAGAAAUUGUGCCAUACUAAAAAAAAAAAAUCUAGAAAUGUUAGAAUUUUGAAUUAUAAGCUAGUUCUUAAAAUAUAUUUUAUACUAGCUUUCUUUAACUCUUAGGAAUAUUAAAAUACUUUAUAUACUUCCUCUUAGUUAAUAGAAUACACAGAGUUGUAAAUUUUCAGACCUUUUUUCCUAACAAUUUCUAUUAAAAAAAAAACAAAAA